AGAGUGGCUGUGACAGAUUCAUCACCAUUAUUCCAACCCCAUGCUAACCAUGUCUGCUCAAAUAUUAGCCUGGUGAGAAGAACGGUCUCCCUGUAGAGGUGGCGUUGAUGCUGAUGGUGUCCGAGCCACCUCGCUGCGAACGUGUCCUGGAGCUCCUGGAAUGGUUCGACAUGCCCGAGUGCUACGUCUUGAUCCUGGAGCGACCCGCCUGCUGCAUGGACCUCUUCGAAUACCGCAGGAACGGCUCACUUCCCGAACAUCUGGCUCAGGUCAUCAUGUGGCAGGUGGUUCUCGCCGCCCGUCAUUGCCGUGAUCGUGGCGUUCUCCAUCGGGAUAUCAAGGAGCAGAACCUUCUGGUCAGUUUCGACACGUUAGAGGUCAAGCUCAUAGACUUUGGCUGUGGGGACUUGCUCAAGUCGACACCCUACAGACGUUUUGCAGGCACCAUACUAUACGCCCCACCUGAAUGGAUCGAGGAAGGUAAGUAUCAUGGUUGCGCUGCAACGGUGUGGAGCCUGGGCGUCCUUUUGUUUGUUCUAGUGUGUGGAGAGCUGCCAUUCUGGAAUGAGAGGGAGAUCGCUGCUGGACACCUGAUCUUCAAAGCUGGUGUGUCUAUGGCCUGCCGUCAUCUGAUCAGACGCUGCCUGGCCAAGGAUCCGAAUAAGCGACCCAGCCUCGAGAUGAUCCUGGAGCACAACUGGUUUUCAGAGAUCCUUAGGAACUAA